AUGUCUAUGAGUCUGCCCGAUUGCCCUCUGCCGCUCUGCGUUUACGAGUCUGGCUGUCUGAGUGAAGCUGCGGCUGCCUGGAGUACAGAACCGUGGCCAGCAUUGUUCCUGAGAGUACGUCAAGGAGAUCCUCUCUCCCCGUACCUCUUCAUAAUUGCAAGUAAGGUUUUGUCUUUCACGCUAAGUGCUCAUGCAAAUAAUGGGGUUGUUCAAGGCAUUUCUUUGACUGAAGAAUGCCCUAUGCUUACUCAUUAUCUUUUUGCUGAUGACACCAUGCUCUUUCUGAAUGCUAGCCGAAGUAAUUGUAGUGCCAUAAAAGAAAUUCUUGAUUCAUAUUGCAAUGCUUCAGAAGAAGUCUAUUCUUUCCUUGGAGUUAGUACUGUUGACAACCCGGGAGUGUAUCUUGGUUUGCCUAUUUUGUGGGGCAGAUCCAAAAUUGCUGCCUUAGCCCAUGUCCUAGAUAAAGUGGGGAAGAAAAUACACGGUUGGAAAAGCAAAUUGCUAACUUUUGUUGGGAAAGAAGUUUUGAUUAAGCCAGUGGUUAAUGUGGUUCCUAUUUUCCUUAUGACGAGUUUUAAAUUCCCUAAGCGUACUUGCUCUGAACUUGAUAGUCUAAUGGCAAAUUUCUUUUGGGGGCAUAAUGAUACUAAGAAUAACAUUCAUUGGCGAUCUUGGAGCAAGCUAUGUGCUCCAAAGAAGGAGGGAAGCCUUGGAUUUAGAGACUUUAUGAACUUCAAUGAUGCGCUGCUUGCCAAAACAGCCUGGAGGGUAUUAAGCAACCCUGGUCAUCUUUGGGCCAAGGAUUUAUCUACUGUAUCACAUGCAAUGACUCCUGAAACUACAUCUUGUUUCGAGAAUAUUUUGAUUCCUCGUAAUAUCUCAGCUGAUACAACUAUUUGGCAUGGUGCUAAGAAGGGAAAUUAUACCUCAAAGCUAGGAUACAGACUGAACUAUGCAAGAGACCACCCUGUGAGUAUCCCUGAUGCGACAACCUCAAGCCCUCUCCCCCAAGGAAUCUGGAAUGAUAUUUGGAAACUCAAGAUUUUUCCUAAAGUCAAACACUUUAUGUGGAGGGCUUUUCAUAGGGCCCUUGCAACAAAGGAGGCUCUUCAUGCCCGUAAAUGCUCUCCAGACCUGAGCUAUCCCAUCUACAACAAUCCCCUAGAUGGUUUUGGUAAGGCUUACAUUGCUUGCAUAUGCUGGAAUAUAUGGAAAACCAGGUUUGCCAAGGUUUUUUCGGCUUCUGAAAUUAAUCCUAUUCACGUUAUUAGCCUAACAAAUGCUUCUGUGAAUGAAUUCUGGAAGAUUCAUGGAGAAAAAGACUCUUGUUCACCUGUUUCUAAUCUACCCACACAGUGGAAACCACCAUCUGUAGGUAAAUUCAAAUUUAAUUGUGAUGGUGCAUACUCUGCUGUCUCAAAAAAGGCUGCAAUAGGAAUUUUAUGGCGUGAUCACCUGGGCAAAUUUAUUAAGGGUUGGCAAGAACCUGUUACUGCCUCUUCUAGCCUUAUGGCAGAAUUUUUUGCACUUAGAAAAGCUGUCCAAGUUGCUAUAGAUUCCCAUAUCACUAAAGCCGUUUCUGAACUAGAUUGUUUAGAUUGGUGCCGUGUGCUUUCCUCUUUAGAUCUUUCUUAUAGUCAUUGGUCUCACCACAGCCCACUUGAGGAAUUCUUUGACAUUAUCCGCUUGUUCCCAGCUUUUUCUUUCUCCUUUGUCAAAAGAGAAGGAAAUUCUGCUACUGAUUGGCUAGCAGUCUCUUCACUAAAGGGAGUGGAGCCUUCAGGUUGGGUUCUUUGCUCUUCACUCCCUCUUUUGGAUAUCUUAGCUUAUAACUCAAAUGGUGUAGCUCAGGAUUUUACGCAACCAUUGAGUUCCAAAGAUCGAGAAGGAAUUAGCUGA